AAAAAGGAGCCGUCACUUGUAAAAGGGCCGCAAAUAGCAGAUGUGUUCAUACCUGUUUCGACGAGGGAAGCAGGGAAACCAUUCAACCGAAUGAUUUAUCCUAUCCGCGGGUUUUCAAAACCUUGCUGAAAAGAUCUCCCUCUCUCCAGCCGUCCCAUACGCAACUCUGAACUCUCUUUCUUGUUACGCAUCCCGCUGUCCAUCCGCCGUUCGCCGCCGUAUUGCUCAACCGGUCGACUCUUCUUCUUUCCGAUGGGAGUGUCCGCCGCCGAAAAGAAGGCUAAGCCUGUCUCAAGCCCAGCUCCUCCGGCCUACACCAAAGACGAAACUUAUAUUGAGACCGUAAUACCCAAACGCAUUGAGCUUUUCGAAUCCUUGAAAAAUCAACAGAACCUUAGUCGCCUUUCGCUUUCUCCUGAUCCUAUCCAGAUUACGUUGCCGGAUGGGAAGGUGAAAGAAGGAAAGAAGUGGAGCACGACGCCAUUUGAUGUUGCCAAGGAGAUAUCAAAGAGUUUGGCGUCAAACGCGUUGAUCUCGAAGGUAAACGGGGUGCUGUGGGAUAUGAGCCGGCCAUUGGAAGGAGACUGCAAGCUCGAGCUGUUUACCUUUGAUACUGAUGAGGGCCGUGAUACCUUCUGGCAUUCAAGUGCACACAUUCUUGGCGAGUCAUUAGAGCAGGCAUAUGGGUGUCGAUUAUGCAUUGGGCCUUGCACCACAAGGGGGGAGGGGUUUUAUUAUGAUGCAUUUUAUGGUGAUCUGGGACUGAAUGAGGACCACUUUAAACAGAUUGAAGCAGCUGCCAAGAAAGCUGUUGAUGUAUUGCUUCUAGAAUUAUGUUGCUUUACCAUUGAAGAGUUGGCAUUUCUUAUUUGGUCUAAUAAGGAAAAACAACCCUUCGAGCGCAUUGAAGUCACAAGGGAACAGGCUCUUAACAUGUUUUCGGACAACCAGUUCAAGGUUGAAAUUAUCAAGGAUUUACCAGAGGAUAAAACAAUCACAGUGUACAGAUGUGGUCCGUUGGUUGAUCUUUGUCGUGGACCUCACAUACCUAACACAUCUUUCGUGAAAGCAUUUAGCUGUUUGAAGGCAUCAUCAGCUUACUGGCGUGGAAAUAAAGACCGUGAAAGUUUGCAAAGAGUCUAUGGCAUAUCAUAUCCAGAUCAAAAACGUCUGAAGGAAUACAAAGCCAUGCUGGAAGAAGCAAAAAAAUACGACCAUAGAGAACUCACGAAAAAGCAAGAACUUUUCUUUUUUCACCCUCUAAGCCCAGGAAGUUGUUUCUUCUUACCCCAUGGUGCUCGAGUUUGCAACAAGUUGCUGGAAUUCAUUAGAAGUCAGUACUGGAAGAGAGGCUAUGAAGAGGUGUGGACUCCAAAUAUGUACAAUAUGCAGCUGUGGGAAACAUCUGGUCAUGCAGCAAAUUACAAGGAGAAUAUGUUUGUGUUUGAGGUGGAGAAACAAGAAUUUGGACUGAAGCCAAUGAACUGCCCUGGCCAUUGUCUUAUAUUUGAUCAUAGGGUCCGCUCAUAUAGAGAACUUCCACUUCGCCUGGCUGAUUUUGGGGUCCUGCAUCGGAAUGAAGCGAGUGGUGCACUAACUGGUUUGACUCGUGUCAGGAGAUUUCAACAGGAUGAUGCCCAUAUUUUCUGCAGGGAAUUGCAGGUUAAAGAUGAAGUGAAGUCUGUGUUGGAAUUCAUCAGUUAUGUGUACGAAGUGUUUGGUUUCACUUUUGACCUAAAGUUAUCUACGAGACCGGAGAAAUAUCUUGGGGACUUGGAAGUAUGGGAAAAGGCUGAAUCUGCUCUUGCAGAAGCACUAAAUGAGUUUGGCAAACCUUGGGAGAUAAACGAAGGCGAUGGAGCAUUCUAUGGGCCUAAGAUUGACAUCAGUGUUUCUGAUGCAAUGAGAAGGAAGUUUCAAUGUGCUACAUUGCAGCUGGACUUCCAGCUCCCUGCUCGUUUCAACUUAUCCUACUCAGCAGAAGAUGAAACUAAGAGGGAGAGGCCUGUUAUGAUACACCGAGCUAUUCUCGGUUCUGUCGAACGAAUGUUUGCAAUACUUUUGGAGCAUUACAAGGGCAAGUGGCCGUUUUGGCUUAGUCCACGUCAAUCAAUAGUUUGCACUGUAUCUGACACAUACGUGCCUUAUGCACUAGAGAUCCGGGAUCGCAUACAUGAGGCUGGGUUCUUUGUUGAUGUUGACACUAGUGACAGAACAGUUCCAAAAAAGGUACGAGAAGCUCAAUUGGCUCAGUACAACUAUAUCUUAGUUGUUGGCGCGCAAGAAACUGGAACCGGAAAGGUGUCGUUGCGGGUUAGAGGCGGCAAUGAGUUUGAAUCCAUAAGUGUUGAAGGUCUCUUAAAUCUAUUCAAGGAUGAUGUUGCAGCUUUUAGGUAGUUGGUUUUUCUUACGAACCGAAACUAUGAAUUUUUUUACGUUAUUUUAUUGAUUUCUGGAGAUAGUUCAUGAGAGCUACGAACGAAAAACAAACUAACAGAAAAACUUGCUUCAGGCAUUUGGUCUCUAAUUGAAAGAAUAUGUUGAUUUUGGUACA